AUGGAUCACCUGACUGCGCUCUUCCAGGAGAUGUGGCGUCAAGGUGAAGUCCCGCAAGAUUUCAAGGACGCAACUAUCGUGCACCUAUACAAGCGAAAAGGGAAUCGCCAAGUCUGCGACAACCAUCGCGGCAUCUCCCUACUGAACAUCGCCGGGAAGAUCUUCGCUCGCAUCCUGCUCAACCGCCUCAACAACCAUCUGGAACAGGGCCUUCUGCCGGAAAGCCAAUGCGGCUUCCGUCGUCAUCGUGGGACCACGGAUAUGAUCUUCGCAGCCCGCCAACUCCAGGAGAAGUGCCAGGAGAUGCGGACCCACCUAUACUCUACCUUCGUGGACCUGACGAAAGCCUUCGACACAGUGAAUCGUGAAGGACUGUGGAAGAUCAUGCAGAAAUUCGGCUGUCCGGAGCGAUUCACUCAGAUGGUGCGUCAGCUGCACGACGGUAUGAUGGCGCGAGUCACGGACAACGGAGCUGUCUCAGAGGCAUUCGCAGUGACCAACGGAGUGAAGCAGGGAUGCGUGCUGGCGCCUACCCUCUUCGGUCUCAUGUUCUCUGCCAUGCUGAUGGACGCCUACCGCGACGAACGCCCCGGGAUCCGCAUCGCCUACAGGACGGACGGUCGUCUCCUAAAUCAACGGCGCAUGAACUUCCAAUCGCGUGUAUCCACAGCCACCGUGCACGAACUCCUCUUCGCCGACGACUGCGCCCUGAACACCACCUCGGAAGAGGAGAUGCAACGGAGCAUGGACCUAUUCUCCGCCGCCUGCGAGAACUUUGGGCUGGUUAUCAACACGCAGAAGACGGUGGUGAUGCAUCAGCCGCCACCCAACUCAGUCACAGCCCCCAACGCGCCGCAAAUCAACGUGAAUGGAAAUCAACUGCAAGUGGUAGAGAACUUCCCGUACCUGGGCAACACGCUCUCCCGCAACACCAAGAUCGACGGCGAAGUCGCCAACAGGAUCUCGAAAGCCAGUCAAGCCUUCGGUCGCCUCGAAAGCACAGUUUGGAAUCGCCAUGGUCUCCAACUGAGCACGAAGCUGAAGAUGUGCAAGGCCGUCAUCCUGCCGACGUUACUGUACGGAGCAGAGACAUGGACGGUGUACACGAGACAGGCACGCCGACUGAACCACUUCCACCUCAGUUGUCUCCGUCGCAUCCUGAGGCUGAACUGGCAGGAUCGAAUCCCCGACACGGAAGUACUGGAACGAACGGGAAUCCUCAGCAUCUAUGCCAUACUGAAACAAAUGCAGCUGCGCUGGAGCGGCGACCUGGUGCGCAUGGACGACGAGCGACUACCCAAACGCCUCUUCUACGGAGACGUCGCGACGGGUUCUCGUCGUCAAGGAGGCCAAAUUCACCGUCAUACGCGCCGACCACCAUCACCGCCACCACCACCAACACCACCGCUUCCGCUACAGCUGGCACCGACACCGCUGACCUCUCAUGCCCACAUUGUCCACGCACCUUCACCCCACGCAUCGGCCUGGUGGGUCACUUGCGAAUCCAUCGCACAGAGACUGGCGAACCAGUGCCUGGAGCACCAAUCUACACCCACCGCACUCGCCUCCACUGCCCACACUGCCCUCGCACCUUCACGCAUCGCAUGGGUCUAUUAG